CUUUCUGGAUCUCAGCAACAGGGAGAAGUUAAGAGAUGGAGGACGUGGUGAUUGCAGGCAUAGCAGGAAAGCUACCAGAAUCAGACAACUUGGAAGAGUUUUGGGAGAACCUGAUUAAUGGAGUUGAUAUGGUCACGGAGGAUGAUAGGAGGUGGAAACCAGGAAUGUAUGGACUGCCCAAGAGAAAUGGAAAGCUCAAGGACAUAAGCAAAUUUGAUGCAUCCUUUUUUGGGGUUCACCCCAAACAAGCUCAUACAAUGGAUCCUCAACUUCGCUUGCUGAUGGAAGUUUCUUAUGAAGCUAUUUUGGAUGGAGGUAUUAAUCCGGCCACCCUCCGUGGCACAGACACAGGUGUAUGGGUUGGUGCCAGUGGGUCGGAAGCUGCUGAAGCCCUUAGCCGAGAUCCAGAACAGCUUGUGGGAUACAGUAUUGUGGGCUGCCAGCGUGGUAUGCUUGCCAACAGGCUUUCCUUCUUCUAUGACUUAAAAGGACCAAGCAUUGCUGUCGACACAGCCUGCUCCUCUAGUCUUGUCGCUCUGGAAAAUGCUUAUAAGGCAAUUUGUCACGGGCAGUGCAGUGCAGCCCUAGUAGGAGGGGUUAGCAUUUUGCUGAAGCCCAACACUUCUCUGCAGUUCUUGAAACUGGGUUUGCUUAGUUCUGAUGGUGCCUGCAAGACUUUUGAUGCUUCAGGAGAUGGAUAUUGUCGCUCUGAAGCCGCUGUUGUCGUUCUUUUGACCAAGAGAUCUAUGGCUAAGCGGAUCUAUGCCACAAUAGUCAAUGCUGGAAUUAACGCUGAUGGCUUCAAGGAGCAAGGUGUGACAUUCCCAUCUGGAGAGAUGCAGCAGCAGUUGGUCAGCUCUUUGUACAGAGAAAGCGGUAUCAAACCUGAAGAAGUGGAGUAUAUUGAAGCUCAUGGGACAGGCACCCAGGCUGGAGAUCCACAGGAAGUAAAAGGCAUUGUAAAUGUCUUCUGUCAGUGUGAGAGAGCGCCACUGUUGAUUGGAGCAACCAAGUCAAACAUGGGUCAUCCAGAGCCUGCCUCUGGGCUUGCUGCAUUAGCCAAGGUCAUUCUCUCUCUGGAACAUGGGCUGUGGGCUCCAAAUCUUCAUUUCAAUACCCCACAUCCAGAUAUUCCUGCCUUACAAGAUGGCUCUUUGGAGGUAGUUUGUAAACCAACACCAGUGAAAGGUGGCCUUGUUGGUAUCAACUCUUUUGGCUUUGGAGGUGUUAAUGCUCAUGUCAUUCUGAGGCCAAAUAAGAACAAAUGCCAGCCUCUGGAGACUUGUAACAUGCCAAGACUGGUUCAAGUUUGUGGCAGAACCCAGGAAGCUGUGGAAAUACUAAUUCAGGAGAGCAGAAAACAUGAAGGACACAUCCCAUUUCUAAGCCUGCUCAGUGAUAUCUCUACAAUUCCUGUAUCCUCCUUGCCCUACAGGGGCUACACACUAGUUGGCACCGAGAGUGACAUAAAAGAGGUUCAGAAAGUUAAAGCAUCUGGUAGACCGCUCUGGUACAUCUGCUCAGGCAUGGGAGCACAGUGGAAAGGUAUGGGCCUGAGCCUUAUGAAGUUGGAUUUGUUUCGCCAGUCUAUAUUGCGCUCAGACAAGGCUUUGAAGGACACAGGCCUGAAGGUCUCGGACCUGCUUCUGCAAGCAGAUGAGGACACUUUUGAUGACAUUGUCCAUGCAUUUGUUGGACUCGCUGCUAUUCAGAUUGCCCAGAUUGAUAUGCUGAAGGCUGCAGGUCUGCAGCCUGAUGGGAUUUUGGGCCACUCGGUGGGAGAACUAGCUUGUGGCUAUGCAGAUAACUCCUUAAGUCAUGAAGAAGCCAUUCUUUCUGCUUAUUGGCGAGGACGAUGCGUUAAAGAUGCCUCAUUGCCCCCAGGAGCAAUGGCUGCUGUUGGUCUGACAUGGGAGGAAUGUAAACAAUGCUGUCCUCCAAAGGUGGUACCAGCCUGUCACAACUGUGAAGAUACUGUCACCAUUUCGGGGCCUCUGGACUCUGUGAAUGAGUUUAUAGCCAAACUGAAAAAGGACGGUGUGUUCGCAAAGGAGGUGCGCUGUGGUGGAGUCGCGUUUCAUUCCUAUUACAUGGCAUCCAUUGCACCAGUGCUGCUCAGUGUCAUGAAAAAGCUCAUUCCACACCCUAAACCUCGUUCAGCACGAUGGAUCAGUACAUCUAUCCCUGAAUCUGAGUGGCAGAGUGAUCUGGCUAGGUAUAGCUCUGCAGAGUAUCAUGUGAACAACUUAGUGAAUCCAGUGCUGUUCCACGAAGGCCUGAAGCAUGUUCCGGAGAAUGCUGUUGUAGUAGAGAUUGCUCCACAUGCUCUUUUACAGGCUAUCUUGAAGAGAACUUUGAAACCAACUUGCACCACUAUACCUUUGAUGAAGAAAGAGCACAAAAAUAAUUUGGAGUUCUUCCUAACACAGACUGGAAAGAUUCAUUUAACUGGGAUAAAUGUUCUUGGAAAUAACUUGUUCCCACCUGUGGAAUACCCUGUCCCAGCGGGAACACCCCUUAUUUCUCCAUACAUCAAAUGGGACCACAGCCAGGAUUGGACUGUUCCAAAAUCUGAAGACUUUCUAUCAGGUUCCGGAGGCGCUGCAUCUGCUUCGGUCUACAAUAUUGAUGCGAGUAGUGAAUCUCCUGAUCAUUACUUGGUUGAUCACUGCGUUGAUGGCAGAGUCCUGUACCCAGCAACUGGGUACCUAGUACUGGCUUGGCAAACUCUGGCACGGUGUGUUGGCAUGGUCAUGGAGGAAAUGGCUGUUACAUUUGAAGAAGUCACAAUUCAUCAGGCAACUAUCGUUCCCAAAAAGGGAUCAGUACAGCUGGAAGUAAGAUUCAUGCCUGCUUCCCACUGCUUUGAGGUGUCAGGGAAUGGGAAUCUGGCUGUGAGUGGUAAGAUUUCCCUCCUAGAUAACACUGCUCUGAAGAACUUCCAUAACCAGCUAGCUGACUUUCAGACUCAAGUAGACGUGAGCUCAAAGACCGGCCUCUUGAAAGAAGACAUUUACAAGGAGCUGCAUCUGCGUGGAUAUAAUUAUGGACCAACUUUCCAGGGCAUUCUGGAAUGCGACAGUGAAGCAAUCACAGGGAAAGUUCUGUGGAAUGGGAACUGGGUGACCUUCCUUGACACCCUGCUACACAUGAUGAUCUUAACUGACAGUGCGCGCACUCUACGCUUACCCACCAGGAUUCGCUCAGUGUGUAUUGACCCAGUGCUGCAUAAAAAGCAGGUGUGCCAAUACAAGGAUAAUGUAGAAGCCCCCGAUAUUGUUGUGGACCGCUGUCUUGAUAGCCUUAAAGCGGGAGGUGUCCAGAUCAGUGGUCUUCAUGCUUCUGUGGCACCACGACGACAACAGGAACGGAUCCCCCCUACCCUGGAAAAAUUCUGCUUUGUGCCCUAUACUGAGAGUAAUUGUUUGUCUUCCAGCGUCCAUCUUCAUGUCUAUCUGGAGCACUGCAAAGGUAGA